AUGCAGCAGUUUGACCCUAUGAUUCCGCGGUUGCUGCCCGCAGAGGCGAUGUAUUCAAUUCAGGUCGGCACUAAGUUGUUUAAAGUUAGUGGAGCCUCAUUGAGCUCUGAUGGACCAAGUUAUUUCACUGACAAGUUUUCAAGAGAACCUCAGCAAGCUGGUGAAGUGUUGUUUAUCGAUCGGUGCUCGGAUACUUUCCAAUUGAUUUAUUUGCAUCUGCAAGGGUAUGUGUUGGAUAUUCGAGAUGAAAUGCAAUUUACAACGUUGGUGUCCGAUGCGAUGUAUUACAAUUUACCACGACUGCGCAGGUCAUUGCAAGAUUACGAUUACCUGUUUGCGAAUGUGAGUGGACGUACUUUUAAGAUUGCAAAAAGUUUGUUUAAGCGUGAGGGAGAUUCGUUUAAUUACUUUACUUUGACCUCGGAUCGGGUGUAUGCUGACUUGGAGAGUGUUUUCAUCGAUAAGCAACUACUGCGGCCUCCGCCACAGGAACCGUUGUACGUGUCCAGAUCUGCCGACUUGUUGCAAGACUUGCUUCAAUGGUUAGGUGGCGCUACAAUGGAACUCGAUGACAGUCGGAGAGCUUCAUUGGUCGCAGAGGCUCGUUAUUAUCAUUUGCAAAACCUCGAGCAAAGGUUGCUAAAAGCGCAACUUUCGUAUAAUCCCCUGACGGGCACGGAUCAUAUCAUGAUGAGGUUACAGGAUCUACAGGAAGGUCAUUUUGAAUUCCCUGAUCAUCAAUUGACUCCAGCAGCAGUUUCUUUGCAAGAAAAUUGUUGCUCAGAUUCGACUACUGAGAGUACACCGGGUCUCGAAGGUCCACUCCCACAAUUGAAGCGAUUCAAAUCCAAUCCUUCGGUAGAGAAAUUGAAAAAAAAAUGGAACUUUGCCUGUUACAAGAGACCUUUUGUCGAUCAAAAGGCUCAUGAAUUGGUCUUCCAAAUUGAUCCUUCCGACUGCACACUUGUGUUUAACCGCAGGAACAAGAUUAUCCAUUUGCAAUUGGCAAGCCAGAGUGCCAAGCGGUUUGAGAAACUAUUCUCGAAACCCCUUAAGGAGAUUGAUAUUAAUCUCGCAAACUACAAGGUAAAGGAUCAAGGCCAAGAGCCUAAGUAUGGACUGCCGGCUUGUAUAUCUAUCGCAGACUUUACAGUUAACGGCAUGAAGUGUCCACACGUCACUAGACUCGUAGCCGAGGGGAAAUGCGACGAGCGAGUAAUCGAUUUCGCCGACAUGGAUCAAUUAAAUUACUGUUCAGGCGUGCAAUUACAUCUCACGAAAUCAUUGUGGAAAUUUGGAGUAAACGGCAGUAACCUGAUACUGAUCGCAUUAAAGGCAGAGGCCUUCACAGGAAUCAAGGAGUAUUGCAGGACAUUGGAAUAUUUAUGA